AUGGUUUCCUCAAAUAGCUCGAUGGAAGCUACAGGUGGUGCUGCACAAGGGCAGAAUGCCUUCUACUCCAACCCGGAAAAGAAUACUCGAGUAAACGGGAAUCUCAAUGUUCCUUCCAUCACACUACGUACCAUCUUCAUGACCAUAUUGGUUGCCAUGGGUGGCUUCAUCUUUGGUUAUGACACUGGACAAAUUUCUGGAUUUUUGGAAAUGCAUGUCUUCCUGCAGAGAUUUGGUGAAAGAAGUAGUAAUCUAGUGGCACAUCCUGCUGGGUAUUAUUUCACGAAUGUGCGGUCUGGGUUGAUUGUCGGCUUGUUAUCGAUCGGUACAUUGAUAGGAUGUUUGGUUGCUGGACCUCUUGCCAAUAGAUUCGGACGCAGAACAUGCAUUCCACCUUUCUGUAUAAUCUUUUGUAUUGGUGUUGUUAUACAAAUGGCUGUUGGCAAAGGUGAGUGGGUGGGAAUUGUCAUGGGAAGAUGGGUUGCUGGUUUGGGAGUUGGUGGACUGUCUGUCCUUGUACCAAUGUACAUGGCUGAAACCUCUCCUGUUCCAGUGAGAGGAGCUGUUAUUUCAUGUUACCAACUCUUCAUCACGAUCGGUAUCUUCACCGCCGACUGCAUCAACUACGGAACCGAAUCCUUCAAAAGUACAGCUUCCUACCGAAUUCCUAUGGGCGUUGGCUUCAUCUGGGCAAUUAUCCUUGGUGGCGGUAUCCUCUUCCUUCCAGAAACUCCUCGAUACAAUUGGAACCAUGGAAAGCCCGAAAAAGCUCAAGAAACCAUGGCCGCUUUCUACGGUGUCGAAGAAUCCCAUCCAAUGAUCCGAACCGAGGUCGCUGAAAUUGAGAAAGUUCGUGCAGCAACUGUUGGUGACCAUCCAUGGUACGAAGCCGUUACCGGCCCAAGAAUGCUCUACAGAGUUUCUCUCGCAAUGGCAUUGCAAAUGUUACAACAACUUACUGGUGCCAAUUACUUCUUCUACUACGGUACAACCAUAUUCGCUGGCGUCGGUAUCAAAAACUCCUAUGUCACUGCUAUGAUUCUUGGUGGUGUAAACGUUGGAGCCACUUUCUUUGGUGUUUACAUGGCCCGUCACUUCCGUCGUCGCGAAUGCUUGUACAUCGCUGCUUUGUGGCAAACCAUGUGUUUCCUCAUUUUUGCAUCUGUCGGACAAUUCAUUUUUAAGGAUGCCGCAGAGGGAAGUCACACUGCUAAAACUUCUGGAACCGUUAUGAUUGUCUUUGCUUGUCUUUUCAUCGUCGGUUUUGCCAGCACAUGGGGACCCCUUGUCUGGGCAUGCAUUGGAGAGAUGUUCCCAUACAGAUACCGAGCCGUCGCGAUGGCUUUUGCUACAUCGGCUAAUUGGUUCUGGAAUUUCAUGCUUGCAUUUUUCACCCCCUUCAUCACGCAAGAUAUCAAUUACGCAUAUGGAUAUGUCUUUGCAGGUUGCAACCUCGCGGCUUUCUUCGUCGUCUUCUUUUUCCUUGUUGAAUCGAGCGGAAAGACUUUGGAGGAAGUGGAUGCUAUGUACCUGAUGGGUGUCAAGCCUAUUGGAAGUCACGCCUUCCAAUUUGAUAGCGAGCUGAGGGAGUCUUUGGGUACUGACAUCAAUACCGAUGCCAUGAAUUUGGAGACCAGAAAUGGUAGAGUCCAGAAAGUUAAUGAAGCCGGCCAGGGUGGUGUUUUCCACGAUGAGGGCGGAAACGUGAAGGAGUAG